AGCUAAACUACAGUAGCUAGUUUCAUUUUAGUAUUAGCUAACUGCUACCUGGUAACUGUUCCUGUUGGAGGGAGACAGUUUGAAGUAACUACUGAAUUUAAAUUUGCAUGGUGGUUGAAUGUGCAGGGUUUAUAUUUAUGGAUAGAUAUCCACGGAUAUAACGGUUCUACCCACAGCAGAGUUCAACAUGGAGGAUUUGUUUAAUGAUACAUUACAUGAAAGAGACGAAAUGCAGGAGCCCAAAGUGGAGCAGUUGAUGAGCAAAUUAAGGAAGCUGCAAGAAGGCAACAAGCGCCUGCGUGAAGAAGUAAAGGAACUCUUAUCAGUCUCGAUGUCUUUGCAGAAAGAGCUGGAAGAUUUACAAACAGAAACCUAUAAGCAGGAGGAAGUCCUCAAAGAAACUGAAGAGAAUGACAGGAAGCUGCAGGUCCAGUGUGAGGAGUUUGAGCAGGAGUGUGUCAGGCAGUUAAAUCAGAAUAAGAAAAGGGAAGAACUGCUGGAACAGUACAACUGUGAAAUCCAGGAGGUCAAGCUAAAGCAUCGCAAGCAGCGAAUGAAAUUUGAAAACCAACUUCUUCUGCUCAUAGAACAGCAUAAGAAUCUACACGCUGUCUUUUCUCCAGAAAGACUUGCAGAUGAAAUAAAGAUUGCUGAAAAUGCAAAGGAUCAGCUGCUGUUAGCUGAAAAAGUGAAGUUGGACCAACUACGCUGCCUUGACCGGGAGCUGACCACACAGGAAAUUGGUACAGCAGCUGCAGGGGAGGACUGUAGUUUUACAGAAUCAGUCUCUUUGAUCUCUCGUGCUUCUUGUUAGAUGUCAAAAUCAUACUAGAAGAACCAUACUUAAUUCUGACUCAAAAUGUUUAACCAAUAUGUUUGACUUGUCAUUUUCUCUGAGUAGUUGAUGUUCUUCCUGCUUGUUUUUGUUCGGAAGUGUUGAUGUAUUAAUGAAUCAGGAAACUGUAGACAGAUGUUUGUAGUAGUGUCUAUGUUGCUACUGUAUGUGUAUCUGCUGUAUUUAUAUGGCAGGUUAAGGUUUAUUCAAUGAACAAAGUUUUAAGUAUUCUGA